CGCUGACGAGCGCCUAGCGCGCGCUCUCGCAUUCCUACCUUUCGUCUCUCUCUUAUCUCCGCGCUCGCGGAGAAGCCGCGGUGGCACGACGCGAGGCGCCGCCAGUGGCACAGGCUGGGGCCUUACAGCACCGCGCCAAUGGCAGCCUUGACAAAUACAUGAUGGCCGUUGCCACCGAAUAGUGUAACGCGUACAUGGUACUGUCGUGUAACUGAAAAGUUUAUUAUUUUCAGUGGAGUAUCGUCGUCGCGCGUGCUCCGUGUGCAUUGUUUUCCCCUCGACGAGGUGCCGCGGAUUGCGCCGGGACGCGGAACCGCGCGCGAGCGAGAUCGCGCGCGAGCGCAAAAAUUCCCAGGAGGAAAACACGGGGUGGCAAAACCGCGUACGCGGAGGACGCAAUUUCAAGUGGCAAAGUCAGCUACUAGGCAGCCUACCGUAUCUAUAGUAGCGAUAGACACUUUUACUGAGAGAAAACGUUUACUCCAGUGGACACAACGUGGAUAGAGGCGUAAUGUCGUGACAUUACACUCACGACGACACCUGACAAGUACUCAAUAAUGUCUGCAAGUUACUUCUUGGACCUGGGAUAGUGUGUGAUAUGAGAGAACUGUUACAAUCACAAAGUGAUACCUUCGAUACAAUUUCCUACAUGUAUUCCAAAUGUGUUGUCAUGGACAGGUGUAACGUCAUUGCAUUUAUAAAUGGAUAAGAUCCUGCAGCAGAUACACUUUAAUUGUAAGUCGGGAUACAUCUACGAUGCAAUUUCGCAGUUGUUUUUUAAUGGGUAAUGUAGUUCGAGAGAGAACUACUUUCUAUAUACUGCGAUGCAAUGACAACGAAUGGUUAGUGCUUGACCAAGAUUUUUAAAUGCUACGCUAACGUGGAUGUGUUACUCUAUUCGCGGAUACGAGUAUAUUGAAGAAUUGACACGGUGUGCUGCCUGAGUUUCAGAGGAAAUACGAAAUUUGUAUGCAUGACAGGAACAGGAGACGUAGGUCGUAGACGUGUUGAGUGGCGCCGGAACGCAAAUAUUGCUUGCUGCAGCUGUUAAGCAAUUUUGGAAAGAACAAAAUAAGCUAGAAAAGGUGGCUAGACGCUGCCCAGAGUAAAGAGGGGCUGCGUGGGCAUGCAGCAGCCUCAGUCACGCCCUCUUCUUGGGGACUCAGUAUCCUCUACAACUUCCCCGAAUGCACGUCAUAAUAAUCCAGUUACCGUUUUGACCCAGCAACAAUUGCAGCAAUUACAACAAUUACAAGCCCAAAACAGCAGUGGUCAGUCGCUAACGUUUGCUUUGCAACAGACAUCGAACAAUCCACAAGAGCAAGGAAAUGGGUCAGCAACUGGAAAUCACAUAGUCUACUUAAAUCAGUUGAAUCAAUUGAAUCAGAGUACCAUAAAUCCCUCGGGGACUGGUAUGGGCCUACCCCCGGCCACCCCCACUUUUGGGGUGGGCCUUAAUAUGGGAUUGCCACUAUCACUUAUAAAUACCAAUUUUACAUCUCUCACAUCCAAUGUUAUCACCACGACAAAUCCUCUGCUGAAUUUGGGCUUGCCAAGUAUAAGCACAGGCCCAAGUAUAACCACGAUAAAUCCUAGCCUGAAUCACUUAAAUGCUAUCAAUUCCAAUCUGACGCCCAACAUUGGUUCAAAUAGUAUUAAUAACAGUUUGUCCAACCUGGGACAAGAUUUGAAUAGCAUUAAUACAGGGGUAAACACUGGAAUAAACAGGCUCAAUACGAUAAAUUCUACAAAUAUUAAUUCUGGGCUAUCUGGUGUAAACACUGGACUUACCGGUCCAAGUUUGACAAAUCUAAACUCAUCGAGCGUAAAUCAGAAUCUUGCUACAUUGAAUACUAAUUUAACUGUCGCAAAUUCCGGCGUAUCUGGUUUAUCUACUAUUAAUCCAAAUACAAAUUUGACUGCUACCAGUAUACAUUCUGGUGUGAAUCAAGGUCUUAAUCGACCUACAAAUGCCCCGGCAACUAGUUUGACGCCAACUAGUUUGACUUCUAGCAGUGCACAGUUCCCAUUCCAAGCGAUACAGAGCCUUCAGACUCUUGCACCACACAUUGUUGCAUCGUCAAAUAUAGCACAUGUACCAAACUCUGGUAUAUCGCAACAUCCAAAUUCGAACAUCUCAACAAUUUCACAAAUCUCGAACUCUGGAACUCUGACAAGUUCCAGCAUAUUCACGAGCACUCCCAGCGAAUCAAUUCAUGCAACCACUGCAAAUGUGAAUCACGCUUCAAACGUGAAUCUCACUACAAACAUACCGCACCUUGGUACAAUGCACCCUAAUUUAUCAAAUAUAUCAACGUCGAAUGUACAACAUAUAUCUGCAUCCAAUGAACCGAUUAUGUCAUUGAGUCAUGUUUCUUCUUUAAGUUCCUCCCAGUCGACUGGAUUUCAACCACAGCGACAGUAUUCACAGGGGAUAAGCCCUGGAUUAAGUGCAUCAGUAGCAUUAACAGGCACAACACAACCGUCGAAUGUGGUCAGUACUAUGAAUACCGUUAAAUCUAUGCAAAAUAUUCAAGGACAAAACAUUAGUUCGCCGGGUAGUCCGUUUUCAAUACCCUUGAAAAGUCCAGCGUCUAAUAUAGCACCACCUACGCCGAGUCCUAGCCCUAAUCGACUUUUACUUCGAAGUCCGGCUUCGAACUCGAUACAGUCUAAUCGGAAUAGUCCAAGCCCUGUCAGCACAUCGACUUCGAACAGUAACUUUAACAUCCAGAUGCAAAGUCCCAUGCAGAGUCCGAUGAGUGUUAGCCAAAUACAGAGCCCUGUACUUAGCCCGUACCCUCCCGCAAAAAGUCCUCAUCUAUUAAGCGGGAGUAAUUCUCUCAACAAUAGAAGCCCGGCACCUGGAGGUAGCCCUGGUCCACCUGUGGUUAGGCCUAAUACACCCAUACUACAGCAAGGAAUGCAAGUGUUACAAAUAAUUCAUGGUACACCACAGGGUUAUCAAUCUACCCCGACUCAGCUGGUGACUAGGACUCAAUUAUUUGGAAAUCAGCAAAUACAAAUUGCAACAGCAGCCAGUGCGGCCAAGCCCACCAAACAACCACCGCAAAUUUUGCCAAAACCAUCAAAUCAGCAAACUAAUACUACUCAACAAAAGUCACAAAGAGUUACCACUACAAUUACAAGUCAGGUAACACAGCAGAGUCAACCACAAAUUGUUCUUGCUGGACCACAACCAAGUCCUACUACAGCAACAAUGAUCCCAACAGCACAAGGUUUGCUGUUGAAUCAGGUAUUACCGUCUACUGGACCUGUCAUUGUACAGCAACAACCAGGAGGCGUUCAACUUAUACUAAGGACGCCAGCAGGCGCGCAGCAACAAACACAUACUGCACAGUUAACACAACAACAAUUGGUAAGAGUUGUCACAGCACAAGGAAUGCAAUUGCAAGGAAUUACACCUACAUUCUUUGCUGUACCGAACGGAUUUCCUCCAGCUGCUUCUCCAGUAAUAAGGCAUACCCCAUCUAGUCCUGCACCAUCUAAUUCAGGAACUAGCAAUCCUAUUGUAAUUCAGAAUGCUAUGGUACAAAGUCCUCAAUCGCAAAUCUUACAAGUCACAUCUGGUAACACUACUGGUAAUGCUUCGUGUACGCAACCUGUCUCUGAACAAAAUCUAUUGCCGCCUCCUAAGAAGAAAGCGAAAAAGAAGAAGAAAGCCAAACGGAAAGAUGAUGAACCAAAGUUGGAUCUUGCUCGCAUAAUAAAGAUAUCGGGUAUCGGGGACGACGAUGAUAUUUUCGAUUCUGAACUGACAACCGAAACCGAGGUUUCUUGCCAGAUACAGCAAAGCGAAACUAAUUCUGGGCAAUCCUUAGGCCAAAUUUCAUCGCAAGGAACAAAUCCUGCUAGCUCUGCUUUAACUCAAGUACCUGCAACCAAUACAACGAACACACAAGCUUCUGUAUCACAACCAUCUAAUAAUCAGCUUGUCACUCAGCUCCAGAUGCCUGUACAAAAUGCAAUAGCAGGACAAUUUCGUUUAUCAAUUGGAGAAGACGGGAAACAACUUAUUUUACAGCAUACUCCUGAACCCAAUCAACCAGAGAUAGAUUCAGCUACCGCGCAAGCUUUAAUACGAUCCCUGACUCAAGGUAGCGGGCAAAAUUCGCAGAUUAUCUCGCAGUUUUUCAGUCAAGCACAAAAUACGCCACAAUCUACUCAAAAUAUAACUCAGCAGAAACAAAAAUAUGUCAAAUCUUUAUCUAAUACUUCAAAUCAAACUUCAACCAAUACUAUAAGUUCUACAUCCUCACAAAAUGUCAUUUGCACUACUACUAGUCCUCAUCAUGGCCAGAUAUGUUCGAAACCGAUUAAUCAGCAGAAGAAUGUAAGCAUGGUUUCUCAAGAGACUAGUUCGUUACCUAAUAUCUGCGUUCAAAGUAGCCUUGGAUCUUUACAGGAACCACAAACGUCAAAAAACGUUAAUAUUAAUGUGCAAAACUUGAUGCAAGCUAAGAACGUUCAAACUACAUUGUCACAAACGAGCAAUAAUACUCUUCUUAAUGCUCCAGAUGUCUUAUCUACAAAGCCUUCGCCUACUAUGUUUAGCAUUCAAAGUACUCGAAUGUCUAAUGCAAGUCAAACAAGUUCCAAUCAACAGAAUCCCAAUCUUUCUCUGCAAAAGUCUAGUCAGGUACGACUUGUGAACGCUUGUAUAACAAAUGUACGGCAAAAUUUGGGAAAGCAACCAUCACAACAACAGCAUAACGCUCAUGUACAAAAAUCAUUAUCCAGUAGUUCAUUAGCACAAAACGAUCAUAUGUCUAAGACUAAUCAAAAUCUUCAACAAACAAGUCAACAAGAGACUCUGACGUUGCAACAGGAAUCACCAUUAUUCCAACAUAAUCAACAGAUCACUGCGCAAACUGUGCAAACUCAAAAUGUGCAACAAAUAUUUGAACAAAAUUUACAGAGUUCAAACAUUCAUCACAAUUCUAUGAAUAUAUUGCAACAACAGAGUUCUUGUAAUACUAUGCAACAACAUGACACUAUGAAUGUUCUACAUUCAAGUAUUCAACAAAAUACAAUUAAUGUGUUGCAACAAAAUACAGCUGAUAAUGUCCAGAAUAUAGAACAAAAUUUGCAACCAGGUAUUAAAGAUAUAGCUCAUGCACAGCAAAACAUUAUGACUAAUUUGCAACAACAAAAUACGUCUGCUGUUUUACAUAACACAAGCGUCCAGCAAAAUGUGAAUGUUCAGCAACAGAAGGUAGUAACGGCAAAUACUUUCUCUUCUGUUAAUGCACAUCACUUUGAGUCUCAAAACUCGGCUAAUGUCGUGCAACAAGGAAUGAAUACGCAACAGAAUAAUCAGAAUCAGAAUAUAUUAAUUACGGCUACUCCUACUUCUAAUACAACGCAACAGAAUGAAUCUCAAAAUGUCGAAUCCCAAGGUGCAAAUAUAUUAAAUUCAGCGGCGAACAAUAUAGUAAAUAACGCACCUAAACUUACACCCGAAAUUUUAAAUACGUUGAGAAAUUUGACAUUGAAUCCUAGCGAUCAACUACUAAUUGCAAACGCGAAUGGCCAGAUGCAGCUGAUUCCCCAGCAAUUCUUGCAACAACUUUUAGCUGGACAAUUAAAUGCGACAAAUCAGACUCAAAAUCAAAAUCAGACACAAAAGAUAGUAAUUGGCGAGCCGGAUGUGAAUAAUCAGAAUUUGCAAGGAGUCCAGAUCAACACUCCAACGAGCCAAAUAAUUGUGAAUAGUUCUGGUGGGGCUCCAACAAUUCAAAAUAAUAUUCAGAACAUUGUGGUACAAGCUGCACCAUCCCAGAUGCCGCAACACAUACAAAUUCAAAAUUCUGGCUUUCCCAGUCAGUUUAUUGAUAACUUAAAUCAACAACAAAUUAGAAACUUGGGCAACAAUCAACCAAAGAAGGCGAAAAUCGUGAAAAAGACAAAAGCUGCUGUUACUGCUCAAAGCAUUGUAAACUCACAGACGAAGACAGUAACCGUUACUCGACCAACAAUGGUUACAGCAAAUACGUCCAGUUUACAAAAAGUUGACACUUCUAAUAAAACAAACACAACAGUAUCUCACAGUACAAAUCUUAUUAAGAGCGAACCGACUCAAAUUAUUGCUAAUGGUCCUUUGGUUUCAUCCUCUGCUGGCAGUCAUGUAUCAGUUCCUUCAAAUGGUCAAAUGGUACAAAGAGUACAAACUAUUCAACUCCCAGCUCAAUUGCAGCAAUCACUGAAAAAUAUUCAGUCACAAAUUCAAGCUAUUUUAUCUCGAAAAUCUGGCACAUCACACGAUCAGACGGCGUUAACGAAAUUAUAUCAGGAGCAAACAAAGAUAAUAGCCAGUGGAAAAGUUCUUAGCACUACUACACAUUCUGUUAAUAGUACUGCUGAAACAACGUUCAGUAUAAAUGUAGUUUCAACAGUUGCAUCAAAUAUACAUUCACAAAAUUCAUUUAAGAACCAGACAUCAGUCGCGCAAACGCAGACACAAACUUCCACCGCUGCUAUUCCAAUAACAUCUCAAACUCUAAAUUCAACUACAUCUGUAACAAUGUCGAGUAGCUCGAAUAAUAGUUACAUUAAUAAUAUUACGGUGCCGCAAAGUGUGCAAGGACAACAACCAAAUAUAUCGAACACUGUGACACAGAGCAUGCACCAAACGCACACCAAACAGCUUAAGUUUUAUCAGAACCACGGGACUCAGAUAUUGAAUCCGUCCUCUGCAAACAUGCAAAUCUUCUCGCCGCCGGUUACCUCUUCAACAACUUCGCAGUUACAGAAUAAUGCACAACAAUUGGCCCAAGUUCAGACGCAGCAGCAAUCGGGCAUACAAUGCCAACAACAAUCGACGCAGUGUCAAACUGAUCCACUGGAUUUCAAACCAAAUAUACAGACACCGAGUCCUGUGAAACAAGAACUCUCAUCUCCUAUCCAAGUUCAAGUUCAAAGUAGUUCUCCUGCGAGUCAAGUAACUUCACCUAGAAUGAUAAGCAAGGGAACACAGAGGAUUCAAAGUCCUGUAAAUACUAAUGGAAGUACGAUGAAGCAACUCGUCAGUCCUAACGGCAAUUCUAAUCCUUUAAUAAGUCCAAGGCAAGGCGUAAAAAGGCGUGCAACUAGCCCAGUUUCUAAGCAAAUAAGCCGUAGUGAAUUAAUGGAACAACAGCUGAAAGCAGAUCAAAAUGGUGCAACUAAUCCGGAUAUGAAUACACCAUUCUCAAACAAGCGUGACGCUUGCAAACGUUUGGUAAGAUAUCAUUGCUUAAAUGACCAAGUACUUGGACCCAAGGAUCUGAUAAAAGCGGACGAAAUAUUUGAAGAAACAGCGAAACAUCUGUUGAGCAAAUUCAGCUCUAUGAUAAACAAAUAUACUUAUCUUCUCCUAAUGGAAAGCAUGCGUGAGGUGAGAACGUCGGAAUUGAUGAUGAUUGAUAGGACUUUUGUGGCUGAAGAGCAAAGUAUUCUUAACAGGUUACGAGAACAGGAAGCAAAACUUAAUGAAGAAUGUAAAAAGGAAGAGAAACCAUUGGUGCCAAAAGUUGAACCUGGUCUUGUGGAAGAGAAUAAAUCAACGUUAACAGCGUCGUCAUCUUUGGUGAAUGUAUCUGUGAAGCGCGAAUUGGAAGAUGAUUUUCCAAAUGACGAGAUUGAAUGCAAACCAGUGAUCAAGACGACAAGUAGUACAAGUGGUGAUUACGACGAGUGGUUGGAAAUCCAGAAGGAACUGGGUGUAUAUCCAUCUACUGCAGACACUUUGAAGUGCAAAAACGGCAAUAACAGUGGUAGUAGUGCAUGUGGUGUUACAAGAUCAUCGAAAAUUGAAAGAACACGAGCAAAUGGCGAGUGUCUUCGUACAAAUGUUGCAAAUAUGAAUGUACCCGGUGUUUCGAACAUGAUUAUGAAGGACGACUGCGAACAGGAUGUAAAUACGCCCUUCGACAGGCGUUGGAGUAGUGCUACUGAUCUUGAACGAGAUUUGUCAGAGGAUACCGACUUAGAUGGAUUAGCUUUGCAUUCGCAGACGCAAUGUUCAAGCAGUACUGCCCACGUAACAAGUAGUGAAAGCGAAAAGGCUGGUAACGAGCAUGAUGAGAUCAAUGCACAAGUACAGUCUGCCAUUGACAGCAUUCUUAAUCUUAAGCAACGUCCCACAAACAGCCUGUCAGGCAGCGGUAGCGGUAGUAGUUCGUCAUCGCAGUCCGGUGACUCGAAAGACAUUGCGCUGGACCAAGCAGUCCGCAGCAUUUUAGGCUCGUGACCCUCCUUUAGUAAAGUAUGUUAAGAAGUGAAAGUUGAUAGUUUAAUCAUGCUAAUCAUUGCAUCUUAAAAAUUUUAGAGGAACUGUAAGUCGAUUUUUCAUGAUUUUUGUGGAUAUUAUUGAAAUGAGAACUGUGUUUUAGUAUUGAUAAUGUCGGGCAGACUGUUUCCGAUAUACUGCAUAUCUUGAAGCACACAGAUAUAAUUACUAAAUUAUUUGUAUAAAUCAUACGUGAUUUUGCUAUAUUAUUUAUACGUUAUUCAGGAGAGGCAAACUGGAUCGAGCAUGUUUGCCAGUAUGAUACUGAACAUUUUAAUUUGUCAAAGAUUCUGUUUUACAAUGGCAAUAAUUAUACAUAAUAUGCAAACAUGUAUACUUUCCAGUAGUCUAACUGUAAUAAAGCCACCGCGUAAAUUUAAUUCUAGCAGCUGUACAUGUGGAUAGAUUAGGUAGAUAACUCGCUCAGAUUUUUCAAUAUGCUACUUUGUAAUGUAAUUUUGUAAAAAGUAAUUAUUUAAAGCAACUUAUUCCACUUCAUCCGUAGUACUUGUAGAAGAAUCUUAUUGAUACUUAAAAAAUGGGUCGGUGAAUAUUGUACAUACGUUUUUAAGGUAUAUUAUAAUUAUUAUUUGUAUUAUUGUUAUUGAAAUUUAUUCUCAGAAUUAUUAAUAUUAUUAUUAUUAUUAUAUUUCCAUCAUUAUGAUUAAUAUCAUCAUUGGAAUUGACAUUGAACAUGUGGAAAAAGCAAAGAGAAAGUAAAUAGCAUAAGAGACUGAUAUGUAAAAUCAUGGAAAUAUGGAAAUAUGGAAUGUAAAUUAAUACAAGACACAAAAUGAUCCAUUAUCGGUGAUACAAUUAAGAAGAUGAUAAUCUCAUGAAUAAAAAGAUAAUGAUAAUCAUAAAUAUCGAAUAAAACUUUUUUACAAAGCUUUACAUUCUCAGACAUAAACUCCAGCAGAAAUUGUAGAAUAUGAAUGUAGAAUCUUUUCUCCAUAAGUUUACUUUUCCCAAAUUGAUUGUACCUCUGAUAAUGGAGCAUCUUAUACAAGUGAAAAGAAAGAGAAACAUUUAUGCUCAUUAAAUUUAUUUGACAUGUACAGUCUCAAUGUUAAGACACAAAAUCAAAGAGACUAAUUAUUUCUAAAUAAUGGUUGUAUUCAGCAAAAAAAGUAAUUUGCAAUUAUUGUACAGUUCUUCAGUUUGAUUGGGUCUUGCCUUUAAUUUCUGUGCGAUCUAAAUAUAUAAACCAAUCAUAUAAAAGAAUUUUACAAUUGCAAAACUGCUUUUUCUGCUGAAUACAAUAUAGGAUUUUACGAUUUUCCUUUUUUUAGCAUCACAUAUGGAUAACAUAUUUCACACAAUAGAUACGUGGGCAAUCGAUGGAUGUGUGUUGGAGAGUGCAUGUGUGGAAAAAGGAUAAUCACAUAAUAAUCAUUAGGCCAUUCGAGAAUUUGUAGCUAUCGAAAAAUUAAUCAACCUACAUUCUUAUGGUCAAUGUAUGGUUUUAUUUUUAAUCUUAUGCGCGCGCGAUGUUAUACAAAAAAUAAUCAAAUUAAAUUAAAUCUAAUUAAAAUGAAGAAUAAAUCACUCGAUCUCUAUGGAUUUUUUUCUGCUUUUAAUAAACUGUUGAUAUCUCUCGCGAAAUGGAAGUUUUAUUAUGUGAGCUCAUUCGUGUAUUCUUUUUCUACAUAUAUCUGAAACAACUCUCUGGAGACAGUGAAAACGAAAACGUUUUCUGGCAAAAGCAAUCCAAGACUGACGUAUAUACAGAAAAAAAACAAGCAAAACUAUGUAAUGUAUUACAGUAAGGAAUAAUAAUCGUUUGUACAUACAUAAUGUUCAAUUACACUCUUGACGGCAAUUGUGACUUAAUAAUUCUUCAUCCAGAUUUAAAAAUUUGGAUAUAUAGAUUGAAGUUCUUUUGAUCCUAAAUAAAUUGCCGAUAUUUCACAAACAUGUAUGUACAUCGUCCUACAUCCCCGUCUGCUAAGUUCGGAUCACGUGUCUUGCGAGUUUGUAAUUAUUGCACCGUUAACAACGAGCUGUAGCGAUACAACCGCUGACGAGAGUGAAGACAAAUGGUACAGUGAUAAUAUAUUAUAAAUAUAAUUUAAAGAACAUAUCUAUUAUUUUUCGUCGUUUAUCAGUAUACCCAAAAUAAAAAAAAGGUAUCAUUAUUUGUAAUAUAGUGCUAUAUGUGUCGCAGAAUUAUACAAUCUUGUAUACAAUCCAACUUUGAUUUCUUUACGAUACUUAUACUGCUUCAAACUAUUUUUACGUAAUGUAGACACGAGUGAAAUAGUAAUAACGAAAUUCGAUACAAGCGUAAUGCAUAAGACUAUACGCGAGCAUGAUCAGGUGAUGAAUUUUGUGACAUUUUGUAUCUUGCAGAGAAGGAUAUGCUUAACGAAACGGGACAUUGUACAUUACGUGAAGUUUUUUAAAGCCGAUAAAAAAUUCCGUAUGCACUGUGU